AUGAUUCUUUUUCGUCUGUUACUAUAUGUAUUAUGCAUCAUCUUAAAAGUAAAGAUACAUAGUAAGAGGAUAUACAACAGAAUUAGAAGAGAAACAUUAAUGUAUGUGGACCGUCAGUCUGUGGUAGUACAUUUUGGAAUAAAAAAGUUGAGUAAGGUAAAAAGGGAAAAUAAGAGUAGCAUGAUAAUGAGUAAUAGUGCGGAUGUAAAUAUUGACACUAAUGUAGGCGCUAAUGCUAAUGUUGACGCUAACACCGAAACGCAUAUACAAACAUGCUCACCAAAUAGGGAAAAAUUAACGAACAUUCUCAUAGUUGUUGAUUUCGAUGGUACAAAUUAUAGCGGUUGGACAGGAGUAGAAAAUGGUAGUCAAGUAUAUUUAAAUGCAGUGAAGAAUUAUAAAAGUGUAAACAGAAUUAAAAAAAAGGAUGAAUAUAAAUUUAGGACAGUACAGAACACGUUAUUGAAUAGUAUUUUAAAAAUACAUGGGUACUAUGAAACUAUUAUACCUCAUUUAGAUACUGAACCGAACUCUUUAAAACCAUUCGAUUUUAUAGGAGUAAGUAGAACAGAUAAAGGAGUGCAUGCAAAAGAAUACAUAUGUCAGUAUAUAUCUUACGAAAGGAAACCACCUUGCAAUGGAAAUAUGAUACAAAUAAAAAGAGCAUUAAACAGUAUAUUAAAUAAAGAUAUUAAAGUUUUAGGAGUACUUAAUUCCCCAUGUGCUAAUUUUAAUGUGAGAUAUCAUAAUUUUGGCAAAAUUUAUGUUUACAAUUUAGAUGUUAGAGUACCUAGUCAGCCAUUCGAAAGAAACUAUGCCUGGCAGUUGUACGAUGAUCCUCGGUUUUCCUUUCUACUGAAGAAGAAUACGAACUGUGCCGGCAUUAGCGGUACUAGUGGUACUGGAGGCAGUAGCAGCAAUGGGGGGUGUGGUGCGCAAGGCAAGUCAAGCUCUAAAUGUAGUAUUGAACCAAAUUUAAAUUUCCUUUUUGAUGAAAAUGUUGAUUCAUGUGAGUGUCAAGAGGUAAAGGCAAACAGAGGCAACUGCAUUGAUUCACUUGAAAGAUUAAAGAUUGAAAACCAGGCAGAGGAUGGAUUAGACUCCAUAUUGCCAAACAAACAAAAUUGCGUAGAUAAUAUGUCAAGUUCUGUCAACAUGAAUGAAUGCCCCACUGUAACGGAGAAGAAACAAAUGGAUGACCAAGUGGAUAACCAAAUGGAUGACCAAGUGGAUAACCAAAUGGAUGACCAAGUGGAUAAUCAAAUGGACAACCAAGUGGAUAAUCAAAUGGACAACCAAGUGGAUAAUCAAAUGGGCAACCAAGUGGAUAAUCAAAUGGACAACCAAGUAAUCGACCUGUUUAAUGAAAAUUUAAAAAGUAGAUAUGCCAACAUAACGCACAGUCUGAAUAUAAUGAAUAACGUAGAAGAAACAAGGUUGCAUAUUUCAUGCGAUAUAGAUAAAAUUAAAAAAUGCUCCAAAUUGUUUGUGGGUUAUCAUAAUUUUGAAUGUUUUCGAAGUACUUUAAAGGGAACUGAGAAAUUAAGAAAAAUUAAUACCUAUUGUAAUAUACACUUUUUGGAUGUAUACAAAAUACGAAAUAAUUUAUAUCAAUUUGUUAUUCAAGGAGAUAGGUUCUUAUAUCAUAUGGUUAGAAUAAUAAUAGGUACUCUUGUUCAAAUUGGUGUUGGGCUUUUAAAAAUUCAGGAUGUCAAAGAUGCGUUAUAUUCGUCUAUACCACUCAAAGUAAAAUUAUGUGCUCCUUCUCAGGGGCUAUGUUUAAGCAAGGUAUUGUUUCCCCCUGCUCUUCGAAGCACCAUCAACGCAUCGAUUCUUUCCAAUUAG